AUGGGGAAACAGAAGAGAGGAGUCGACUUGACGGUUGCAGUUCCUCUCCCCCCAACCAACCCAGCCGCCCCCCUCCCUCUCCCUGCGCCUUGGUCUUCAGAGGGAAUCUUAUUCUCGGAUCUCGAGCGCGUCCGCCUCAUUGGCUCCGGCGUCAGCGGCAAAGUUUGGAUGGUCCGGCAUAAAAUCUCCAACAAACUCUAUGCCUUGAAGUGCAUUCUAGGAUCCUGGGAUGAAGACACUCACCGGCAACACUGCAGUGAAAUAGAGAUACUCCGGACUGCCAACAGUCCCUUCAUUGUCCGUUGUCAUGGCUUUAAUGACAACGCCGCCGGUGAUAUUGAGCUCCUCCUCGAGUUCAUGGACGGUGGCUCUCUUGAAGGCCAUCCCAUAGCUGUCGAGCCUCUCCUUGCUGAAGUCGCUCGGCAAGUGCUAUCCGCGUUAGCCUACCUCCACAGCCGCAAGAUAGUCCACCGCGACAUCAAACCCGCCAACAUUCUCAUUGACAAUCACGGGUUAUUCAAAAUUGCGGAUUUUGGUCUCAGCUGCAUGGUCUCCCCAACAACAAUGGGUUGCAAGACCUUAUGUGGCACCAUCUCGUACUUGGGCCCGGAAUGUUUCAACAACUCAGGGUUUUACGGUGGCUUUGCGAGUGAUACCUGGAGCUUCGGUAUUACACUUCUUGAAUGCUAUCUUGGGUAUUAUCCUUUCGGCGAGAGUGUCAAGAAGAAUGGUUUGAUGAUGUUAGCCAUAUGCAAGAAGGAACCUCCAAAACCUCCAGAGACAAGCAUCUUCCAAUUUCCGUGA